AUGUCCGGUUUCCACGCGGUGGCGUUGGCAAUGGCCGCGGUGGCCGCGGUGGUAUCCGGCGGCGACCAUAGGGUGGCCGGCCCGGACCAGCCGGCGGACGUGGCCGCGUACACGCUGAACGGCCAGAACAUCGAGUGGCCGUGCACGUCCACCAAGAGCGUUUACACGGACACCGGGCGGUACGUGGCCAAGAACGUGAUCGUCACUAGGGCGCAAGUGUGGGGUGACCGGGCGUUCGUGCUCACGCCCAGGUUCCGGUCCGGCGUGCCGUUCACCGUGUCCACUGUCCGGUUGGAGUGCGAGCACAGGUGCUGGCCGGUGCUGGUGCCGUACCCGUGCUGGGCGCUGCACGACGAGGGCGAUCCGAACGCCAUACAAAAUGCCGUCGACGUGUAUCUGGACCCGACCGGCGUGCUGUGGGUGCUCGACAGCGGGUUGGUCAACACCAUGGAACAGCCUGUCCGCCGGACCCAGCCCAGGAUAUUUGCCAUCGACGUCAAAACCGACAAGGUAGUCAAGCAGAUCGACUUGUCGGGGCUGGUGUGCUCAGCCAGCCGGCUAAACUACAUCACGGCCGACUACGGAGAUGACGGGAGGGUGUUUGUGUACGUGUCGGACGCAGCCACGCGGGCGGUGAUCGUGUGGGAGGUGGCAGCGGACCGCGGCUAUCGGGUGGUGUUGCCGAAGGCGAUCACUCACGACUGCACCGGUCGACGGGACGUGCUUUACAUCGCUCUGGCGAGGGGUCUCACUGCGGGUGGUGGCGCCCUGUACCUGACGUACCUGACUAGCAACCGGAUGUACAAGAUAGACGCGUGCAACCUCCGGCAGGGGUGCUCGGAGGGCACCGUCGUCGACCUGGGCCCGAAGCCCGAAAAGAUGGUCGUUCUGGGCACGGACGGUCGGACCACCGUUUACUUCCGGUACCGGGGCCAGGGCGAUGUGUACGCUUGGGACACGGACCGGCCCGACGACGGCACUUCGUUCGGCUCCGACAGGUUCGCGCUGGUCCGGAAGGCCGACGACUGCGGCCGGUUGGCCACGCACGUGGCGCCCGACAACCAAGGCGGCGUCCUCUGGAUACUCGAGAGCAACUUCCCGGACUACAUUUCCGGUGCGGUCGGGUGUCUGGGCACCAACGUCCGCUUGCAGCCCCUCGUCGUCCAGUGUGGAAAAUAA